CAUUACACUUCUUGCUGUAACAGACUAAAACAGGAGGAAUGUAUUUGUGCGUGUAGACAGGGGGGAGAUUUUACACACGGUGUUUAAACUGUAAUGAGGCCAAAAUACUGAAUAUGAGCCGCUCUGAAAUGUGGACACACUUCAGCUAAAGCAGCAGAUUUGUUUAUAUCUGAGGAACCGAAAAGGAUUUUAUUAGUUUGAACCUACAGAAAGAGAUAAAGAUGGCGGCUGCACGCAAUGAGUUUAAACUCAUUCGUUCCAGUGGUACAGAGGAGUAUAAACGCUCCGCUGUCACUCUCUCGUGUCGUCUGUCUCCUGAAAUCAGUGCUGUUAACAUGGAGAUCCGGUGGUUUAAGGGGACACGCUGUGUUUGUGUCUAUAAGAACGGACAUGUGACAGGGGGGAGAGGUUACGAGGGCAGAGUGAGUCUGUUCACUCAGGAGAUGGAGAGAGGAAACGUCUCCUUACAGCUGAGAGACUGUGGAUGGUCAGAUGAAGGAGAUUACCUGUGUCAGGUCACUGAUGGAGACAGAACAGAGGAGAUUACAGUACUGAUGACAGCAUGGGUAAGUAAAUAACUCGACUUCACACUAACGGUCGUGGGUGAUAUUUUAUAAACUUAUAUAUUAGCACAAUGCUACAUUCUACAGAUUUACUGUGUGUGAUGACUGAUUGUUGUCUAGUUUCCCUCUUUUUUAUUAAGACACACAUCAGCUGUGUUUUAACCAGAGUAACAGUUACUUUCACAUUUUCACAUGGAACAAUUCACAUUUGACUUCAUGCAUAAAAUCUUCACACUGUAUUAUUUACUUUCACAGUGGGCACUAUCAGGUGAGUAUAAACACUUUUCUGUGAUGUUGAUGUGUUGAUGCUGCAUGAAUAAUAUAUUUAUUGUGCAGAUGAAAUAGAUUAGACUGUGCUGUGUGUUCAGCGUGCAAUAGCACAUAGAUAUAUGAGCAUCAUGAGCAUAGUGUAGUGAACACCACAGACUGUGAUCGCUGCAGAACGUCCAUCACGCUGGAGUCUAGUUUGUCAUUAGUGUUAUACAGACACAGAAA